UUAUAUUUUCAAAGUGUUUUCAUGAAGGGUUCAAGAGAUAUUAAUUUUCUAAGUUGAUCUACCAAAUCUGUCCGAAAUUCCUAAUCUUUACUCUUGAUAAUUUCAAUAAUCUAGUCAUGCAUGUUCCUUUUGUGAUAUUUGGUGAAGUGUAUAUGAUAUAGUAUUAUGUGGACACUCUUCCUCUGAUUUUAAAAGAAAAAUUUAUGCGUAACUUUCUAUUGGUAGAAGGUGAUUUCUAAAACGAGCAUUCCACACUCAUUAUUUUCUAUAAGUCUUCCGCUAGCAUAUUCUAAAUUACUAAGUAAGUGUAAUUAGAAAAUGGGUGUCACACAUACGUGGUAUCAGAGCAACGUUCCCCGGAAACUUCCAUAUGAACUUAAAGAUCUCCGAAAUCCUCGAAUGACGACAUCAACUAAGAACUCGGGCAGGUAUGUGUUUAUGUGUGCACAUUUCUUAACUAAUGAGAAGUGUUUAUUUGUUUAAAGUGCUAAAAUUUCGGGAGCACAAACUCGAGCUCAAAACGCCGCUAACGGUCCGAACGAUCAAUCUCGCACCAUACAAGACCUCACCGCCCUCGUCCGAGAACAAAAUGAACAAAUCCAACGCCUUGUUAACCUCCAAAACCAGAACCCUCCACCUCCACCAACUCAAAAUACCGCACCCCAAGCCAUUUACGAAAGGUUUCUAAGAAUGCACCCCGCCGAAUUCCAUGGAGGCCCCGAUCCAACCAUAGCCGAAGAAUGGAUCAAAUCCCUCGAAGUCAUUUUCGACUACAUGGAAAUGACCGACCGAGAUCGAAUCCAUUGUUCUCUUUUCCUACUGAAGAACGAAGCCCGUCAUUGGUGGGAAGGUACCAAAGAAGGAAUCGACCUAACGAACACUACUUGGAGCGCUUUCAAAAUUUUGUUCUUCGAAAAGUACUUUUCCAAAAACCUCCGAGCUCAGAAGCUAAAGGAAUUUCUCGAGCUAAAGCAAGGCAACUUGUCCGUAGCCGAGUACGUAAGGCGAUUCGAACAAGGAUGUCUCUACGCCCCAUUCAUAUCCCGAGACGCCGACGAAAAGGCCAACCAUUUCCUUAGAGGCCUCAACCCGGUGAUUCAACGAGAUGUCCGCAUGUCUUCCGUAACGACUUUUCUGAAAAUAGUCGACAAAGCACUCGAAGCAGACCAAGCCGAGCAAGAGAUCCGUCAAUCUCGAUCCGUUCCACCUGCCACUACUCACAAAUGGAAGAGGCCCCACCCCGGACCAGGCAAAAACAAGGGAAAACGUCCAAUGAUUCAAAACCAUGAUACACCACCAGCCCGACCGAUUUGCUCAAAAUGUCGGAAACCUCACUUUGGACCCUGCGUUCAAGGCACCAACAAUUGUUAUCGCUGUGGAUAA